AUGCAAGCAAGAAAGAGUCGUUCUCACGACAAAAUAACAGCGAAUGAUUCGUAUUUCUCUGGCGACGAAAGCCAACCAAGCAACCAUGGGAAAGCAAGGAAUUUGUGUAAGUAUUCACUAAACUAAAAGUUAAACAACUACCUGUUGAUGUGAGGCUAAGCUUGACAGAACAUGAGCUACAUGCUUGCUUGACUUAAUCCCAGCUUGGGACUCCUGAAAUCUGGUCCAGUGUAGGUAGUAUUCUACAGUAAGCUGCUGGAAAAAAACAGUCUUAAAUCAGAGAAGAUCCUUUGUCUGAAGGCUAGUGAGAUUUCAAGUACUUUUAAUCUUCUCUGGCAGUUGAGACACAAACCAGAACAGCCGUAAGUAAAAUCUUUAACGGCAUUUAAGAACUUUUAUGAUUGAAUUAUUUCAGCUUCACGUCGGCGUCGUUCUACAAAAGAGCACAACAAACGUAACUUACUCGCGAAGCAAAAUCAAACUGCAGAAACUUUACAAUGGUAAGUGGACGAAAUGGUGUUGAUGGUCCGUAAUGGUUAACGUAUGUGUCUUUUAUCUCUGUGACCAGAUUUGUGAGAAGAUUUGAGAAGAGUACAAGUACUCCGUUUUCUUCCUGGUCAACAAAGGAUGACUCUAAAGGCUGCAUUCCAGUUACGCGUUUUUCAUACGUGCGUACACGCACGUAAAAGUUGAAAUACAUAUAAAUAUGUUAAAAUACACAAGUAAAAUCAUACACAAAACUGAAUGUUGUCCUUUUAUAAAUUUAGUUAUUUCAAAAGUAGGAUGUAAAGCGAAUUCAACUUUUACGUGCGUAUGAAAAACGCGUAACUGGAAUGCAGCCUUUACUGAACUUCUAGGAAGAACAGUUUAGAACUGAUAGAGCUAUCCAGUAUAAACGAAGUUAGUUUAGUUGAGGUUUCCUCCUGUAGUAACACUGGAUCAAUAAGCUAGAGAUGAUUCUUACUGGACCUCUAGGAAGAACAGUUUAGAACUGAUAGAGCUAUCCAGUAUAAAUAACGUUAGUUUCGUUUAGGUUUUCUCCUGUAGUAACACUGGAUUAAUAAGAGAUGAUCCUUACUGGAGAUGAUCCUUACUCUAGGAAGAACAGUUCAGAACUGAUAGAGUUAUUCAGUGAUAAAGUUAGUUUAGUUUAUGUUUUACACCACAACCGCCAGACGUUAGAUCAUGAUUGUUUCUUGUUGUUUUCUGAAGGUUAUCGGAGAACUACGAGCUGAUCCAAGGUGUUUGUGUCCCGAGAUGCGUGCUGUAUACUCACUACCUGGACUUUUGCAAGAAGAGAAAGUUUUCCGCUGUUGGUCCAGCGACAUUUGGCAAAGUAAAGAAACCUAGAGCUGUAGCGUUUGUUUAUCCUCAAUGGACCUUGCAAUGAAUUUAAAACUGACGCUGUAAUUCGAUCAUGAUUUCAGAUUAUCCGACAAAGAUUCCCCAAAUUGACGACAAGAAGAUUGGGAACGAGAGGCCAGUCAAAGUAGGUGGUUGAUCUCAAAAAUAUUGACAUUUAUAGGGCACGAAAUUUGUACUGCACCACAGUGCUUAGUAAAACGCACCCACUCAUUUUAACUGCAUAAUUUUGCUGCUAUAAGAACAUAGUUGAAUAAGUAUUUUUUAUGUGUGUUGGUGUUAUGUACUCAGGUAAAUAUGAUGUUUGUGGUGUUACUCUGAGUGUGCAUCCACAUCGGGAAAGCGGAAAAGUUUAGUGCCUGACCGCGGUAGGAAUCGAAAGGUCGCGCGAGUUCGAUUCCCACCGUGGUCAAGGCAAACAUUUCAGCUGGCUCGGUGUGGAUAUAUGCACACUCAGAGUAACACCACAAACAUCAUUGAAUAAGUAUAUAUAACCUUGAUGUUUUUAGAUAUCAUUACUAUGGUAUAUCUAUCAAGGAAUCUUCAGUCUACUACCAUUCUGUAUAUUCAGGAAAAGGUUUAACCAGGUUUGAUAUAAUUUCUUCUUGAGUUUUGCUCCUGAGUCAUUAAAGAUUGGAAGAAAUUUCCACUAACUUUGUUUUUUUAUUGUUUGCAUAGGUUUUCAGGCACAGAAGGAAGCAAGAAGGUUAGAAUUGUGUUCGAGGGGAACUAGGAUGAUCUUUCUGCGCUGUAUUUCACUCUUUUUCAUCCGGGAACUUUUCCUCUGACAAGCAAAAUCAUUUCUCGCAUUAUAGACCGACCAAAAUAGCAAAGUCAACAUCAUUUAAUAUAUGUUCAACGACAAGUCUGACAAGAGUGACAAGUAAUAACUAUAUAUAUAUUUUUGUUUAGCAGGGAAUAACAAAGAAAUUUAGUGUUGACAGGAAAGGCGGUAAUACUUUGCCAGAGUUUCCAAACGCAUCCGAAAUGAUAUUGAAUGAAAAUCUGUCGGUUGAAAAGGUACAGUAAUAGGAGUCUUUUUUCAUGUAAUUACGAUGAAUUAUGUAUAUAUUUCGUUGGUAAAUUUAUGCAUGGCAUGAGCGGCAAGGCGUGCAUGCUUUGAAUCUUCUUGAAAACGAUAUCAUUGUACAAUGUACGUGAUCAUUGAAGAAUAUCCUAUCUCUAGGUUGAAACAUUCAUCAUAAUGUAUCGCACUCAUUGUCAGCGGUUGCUGGAUACCGUUAUGAACGCGAAUUUUAAUGAGGUACAUGAAUCUCUCUCAUAAUAUAUAUAUAGUCACUUAAAGAGCCUCCAGAUAGGAGAAUACGUUAGAAAGAACCGAUAGAGCUAUCCAAUGUCAUUAGUUUUGUUCAGACUUUUUUCUCUUGUAACACUGGACUAAUAAGGAAUGCAUGACUCUUACAGGUUCUCUAGGGAGAACAAUUUAGAAUUGAUAGAGCUAUCCAGUAUAAAUAAAGUUAGUUUAGUUUAGAUUUCCUCCUGUAGUAACACUGUUUCAAUAAGAGAUGACCCUUACUGGAUCUCUAGGAGGAACAAUUUGGAACUGAUAGAGUUAUCCAGUAUAAAUAAAUUAAGUUAGUUUAGUUUAGGUUUUCUCCUGUAGUAACACUGCAGUGUUCAAUAAGAGAUGACCCUUACUGGAUCUCUUGGAGGAACAAUUUGGAACUGAUAGAGUUAUCCAGUAUAAAUAAAGUUAGUUUAGUUUUAGGUUUUCUCCUGUAGUAACACUGGAUCAAUAAGAGAUGACACUUACUCGAUCUUAUAUUGCAUGGUUAAGCAAAGAAAAUCUUGUUUCUAGGUUGAUAAAUUUUUACUUCAUUUUUGGCGUGGCAUGCCUCAACACAUGAUUCCAGUGCUGGAGUGUGACGCAGUUAUUGAUAUCAUUGUCGUCUGUGAUUCACUGCUGUACAAGGUUCGCCACAAAUUAUAGAAAAUGUUAUUUAUGUGUGUUUUGAUGUUGUGUACUCAGGUGAAUAUAUAAUGUUUUUGAUGUUUCUCUGAGUGCAUAUCCACACUGGGCAGGUUGAAAAGUUAGCCUGAUUUCCACCGUUGUCAGGCUAACUUUUCAGCCUGCCCAGUGUGGAUAUACACCGCUUAGAAUAACAUCAAAAACAAAAUGUAAUUUUUAUAGAAUUUUAUGUAGAAUCCCAUUGUGUUUAUCGCUUCAGAUAUUUAACGAUGUUCUUGUGCCCUCGUGCAUCCAGGAUAUCCCAGACAGGUGCGAUGGUGAAAAUUACAUACAAAUUAUACAAAUAAUCCCAACAGAUAAUGCUACACUUAUUCACCAUUAAGCUGUCAUGGCUUGUGGAAGAAGUACUAAGUUAGAAAGCUGCCAAAUAAGGAUGCAACUACCUGAAUACAGACAGAACUUGGACCAAAAACUCUUUGUUGGGAACGAUAUAUGAUUAAUAUAUAUUAAUAUGCACAAAUGAUCUAAAAAAUGACAGUAUAUAUGCACUAUACCAACUUGUAACUUAUGAUUAUAGCCUGAAUAGGUUCUUAUUUAAAGCGGAUCUAAUUAAAAUAUUUUAGCCUAGCAGGUUCUCAAAUUCUAGGUUCUUAUAUUCGGGGUUUUACUGUAACCUAAACAACUUUAAAACUUAUCAAGCUUAUUGUUUUCAGUCUUACGGAAGAAAUUCAGGAUUUUGCCAUCAGCUUUGUGAAAUCUCUUGAAUCCUGUUUAGAAAACACACCAGCUCUUUUGAAGAGCCAAAAACUUCGAGGUAACUGAUUAAAAUCUUAUAAACUUUGAGACUUUUGGUCUGUUUAUAUUUAAAUUUUUCUUUUUUUCAUAUUUUAGUUGCCAAGAAUUUUGUGCGUUUGCUUAAAAGAAAUAUGACCUUCAUUAAUUUAGCUCAGGUAUAUAAGAAUAUAUUCGCAAUAUGUAGUGCCUUCAUUCUGCUUUGAUUUGGUUUCCUCCAAUAAGGGACUAGUCAUAAAGUUACUGCUAGGGUGUGCUGGAGGUAAAUCACAAAUUUUGCCAAUAAGUUUGGUGACCCAUCUUAGGAUGUAGAUAAAAAUUUCAAAGCCCAUGGCCAUCUAAUCUUGCCAAAUUUGGUGGCCCAACCGUGGACAUACCAAAAAAUUGGUGGCCCAUCGAUCCAUUACUGGAUCAUUCUUUAAGAAGAAUUGUUUAGAACUGCUAGAACUAUUCAAAGUUAGUUAGUUUAAUAUAGUUAUUAUUGCUAUAAUCAAAUAUAGAUUUGUAUAAUGUUUUUAAUUCCUUUAGACUGCCCGUCCAGUGUUCUUGAGCUAUGAAUCCAUGUCAGGAAUAUUGAAUGAGUUUCGUUGCCUUGACCUGAGAAAUAUUUUGUCUGAAUUGUUGUUUUUAACGGAGCAAGAAGACGUCGAGUUACCUGUCCUGUUGAUGUGUAAGUAUACCUGGAAUGUCGUUGACGAAAGUCCUGUAAACUAAACUAACUUUAUUGAUACUGGAUAGCUUUAUCAGUUCUAAACUGUUCUUCCUAGGGGUCCAGUAAGGAUCAUCUCUUAUUUUAUCCAGUGUUACUACAGGAGGAAACCUAAACUAAACUAACGUUAUUUACACUGGAUAGCUCUAUCAGUUCUAAAUUCUUCUCAGUUCUUCUUCCUAGAUGUCCAGUAAAGAUCAUCUCUUAUUGAUCCAGUGUCACUACAGCUAGGAGGAAAUUUAAACUAAACUAACUGUAUUUAUACUGGAUAGCUCUAUCAGUUCUAAUUAUAGACUCUUCUUCAUCGGAUUCAUGCACUAACGAUAUCCCUUCUUUGUCUUUCAGUUAUGGAAGAAUUUGAAAAUCUUCUGGUCAAGCAAGCUCCAAUCGAAGCAUAUGCAGAAUGGUUUGACAGCAUCGUGGAAGAAUAUGUACUAAAAGAUAAAGUAUGUGCUCCACAAGAAUUUGCUUCCGUUGUCAAGUGAAAUCGUCUGGUGUUAGACAGAGAGAAUACUAAAGUCAACAUCUCUUCUUUUCAGACAAAGCUGGAUGAUGCGUCAGAUAAUUUAUCCAAAAGGUCGGAAACAUUUUUGACAAGCUGGUCGUUUAUCACUUCUCGUAUAUUGCAAGAACUUACGUUGAAAGGAGCACCGAUGUUCGGUAAGUCCAAUGAUUUAACUAUUGAUGAUUUAAUUGAUAAAGCUAUCUACGUAGCAUAAAUAAAGUUAUUUUAUUUUUCAGGUUCGUUUCAGUUGAUCAUUAUGAUGUUUGAGGAAUAUAUUCUUCUUAUAAUUGAGAAUCAAAUGAUAGCGCAACUGGACGAAGACUUGAAGCUUGGCCUAACACGACACUUGAGAAAAUGUAUGUCCUUUUGACACUUUUAAAAAUUUAGUCCUAAAAACACUUUCUUGACAAAUUGUGAUUCUUGUAACUCUGAUUAUAAAUUUUUAUAUAUUGGCAGUUCGACUGUUUAAUUGUUUGCUACGUGUUCAUUUAGGUUCAGCAGAAACAUCAGGUAUUGAACAAAGUUCCAAAACACAAAACUCAGAAGACAGCCAGAAGCAAAAUGUCACAAACAAACAAACCCAAAAGCAACAGCCUUCAAAACAACGAGCUGAACCCGCACAAGACAAGGAACAACAUUUGCAUUUGUUUCAAAAUAUUCAACAGGAAAUCCAACAAUUUGAAACCUCUAAUAGCCAGCAGUCCAACGCACAACAAUAUGAAGUUCAAAAGCAUUCAUACUACAAUUUUGCGCAGCAAACAACCCAGCCGCAAUUACAUGCCCCACCCCAGGACAAUUUCCCCACCGGAGAAGUGUACCUAGGGAUCAAUGCUAUACCGUCGGAGAUUUAUCGAAUUGAAAAUAUCAGAGACAAUCAAGGACAUGUAUACAAUUCAAUGUGUGCACAAAAUGAAGACAAUAAUUUUAGUUUUUCAAGGGUUGCCACAGAAAAAAAUGGUCAAGAUUCGUCACAGGAUGCUUGUCAUAAUUUUCAGGUUUAUUCAAACCACUUUGAGACAUAUCACAUAAAAGGUCAGCCUGGUCAAGGUCAAUUUUUAGGUCACUAUCAAGGUCAAACAGUUAGUCAAGGUCAAGUUCAAUAUGUGUCUCAAAGUUACCAAGGAAAAGUUUUAUACCAGGCUAGUAUCCAUCAAGGUGAAGGUCAAAGUUCAAAUCAAGGUCAUUUUGAAAGUUCAAGUCUCGGUCAACCUCAAGGUCAAAAUUAUUUCCAUGAUAAAAGUCACCAAAAUCAAGGUCAUCAAAGUGAGGUUUAUCAGGGUCAAGGUCAACCGGGUCACCCAGGUCAAAGUCAAACGGGUCAUCCAGGUCAAGGUCAACAGAGCAAAGGUCACGAAUCGCAAGGUCAUCAGGGUCACGAUUAUCGUCAAGGUUACUUCAAGGAUUAUCAAUAUGAAAUUCAUAACCCCAGUCAAGACUACAGCUCACAAAAUCAAGUCAAUCACUCAGGCAACCAAAAUAUCAACUACUACGGUCACGCAAGUGGCAAUAACAAUUAUCUCUAUACAGAAAGCAUGUCUAUAGGUAGGCAAGCAAGCCAAGAUAACAGUUCAACCUCUCACAGUAACUUCCCAGAGAAGACAGCCUUGCCUUCAUUUUUCCAGCUAAGUUCUCAGCUGUCCAAUAAUACAAGAUUAUCUGCAGGAUACUGA